GUUUGUUCUAGCAUCCAUUCACCGCUGAGCAUCUUAUAAAGCUUAACAACGAGAAGAUGAAGUUCCUUGCCCUACUAGUAUACAUCGAGGUUGUGUGUGGCCUGGUAUUUGCCAAAGAAACUGACACUGAGGAACGGAAGCUCGUCUCGUACGAAACAAAGAUCUUCCACAAAGUCCCUGAGAAGACGAUUCUAGAGGAAAAAAUCGAUGAAUUGAAAAAAGAUAUCGUCCCAAUCAAAAAGACGCUCGAAAAGGAGGAAGAUGAGAAGACGUCCAUCCCCCAAUAUGAGUUUGGGUACGGUGUGAAGGAUCCACUAACGGGUGACCACAAGGACCAGUGGGAAAAGCGCCAUGGAGAUCACGUGAAAGGAUCUUACAGGUUUGACGAAUCCGAUGGAACGCAGCGUGUCGUGGAGUACGAGGCGGAUGGAAAGCGAGGAUUCGAGGCGACGGUGAAAAACGUUGAGAAAAAGGAUAUAGAAGAGGGCGUAGGUGAGAAGAAAGAAGGUAAAGUGGCACACAGCUACAGCUACCUUAAGAAAAUUGGCCACUAG